AUGAUUUCAGUCACUGAAUUUAAGUGGUUAACAGAUUCUCAGCCUGCCUACCGUAUAUUGAAACCAUGGUGGGAUGUUUUCAGCCACUACAUUGCCAUGGUGAUGCUAAUGAUUGCUCUGCUUGGAGGAGCACUUCAAAUUACUCAGAUCAAAAUGCUGUGCCUUCCUUGUAAGAUGAUUUUUGAUGACAAUUGCAUCAUUGCAAAGACCAAUUUCAGCAAUCCAACUGAUCAAAAUCCAAUCGAAACUUCUAAUGUUCCAAAUGGAGUGAAAAACACCCUUGAUAGACAGCAGUAUUCCUUCAUUGAUGCUGUGUGCUAUGAGAAACAGGUUCACUGGUUUUCCAAAUUCUUCCCUUAUGUGGUGUUCGGCCAGACAUUAGUUUUUUUAAUCUGCAGCAACUUUUGGCUUAAGUAUCCAGGUACCAGUUCUAGACUUGAACAUUUUAUCUCCAUUCUUCAUAAAUGCUUUGAUUCGCCAUGGACAACUCGGGCACUGUCAGAGGCAGUUGAGAAGAGUGGUGAAAAACAGUCUUUCGGUAAACCCAAAAUGCCCUCAAACCACUUGAAUGUGAGCAGUAUAAAUGUUGAGGCCAGUAAAUCACUGCAGUAUCAGUCCAGAGUGGAACCAAAUGGUACUGAUGCAACUGACACAAGUAUUCUUGACCAAAAAGAGGGUGAACAAGCAAAGGCUAUUUUUGAAAAAGUCAAGAAGUUUAAAACUCACGUUGAAGAAAAAGAUGUUAUAUAUCAACUCUAUAUGAGACAGAUUAUUAUCAAAGUAUUUAUAUUCACUAUUAUCAGUGCUUAUGUCCCCUAUUUUAUACUUCGCAUGAAGUUUGAUAUUAUUUGUAAGGUUAAUCUACAGGUAUUUACAGGGUAUCAUUGGUAUCACUGUGUCCAUUCUUUAGCAAACAUAUUCAAAGUGUUGGCAUCUUGCUAUCUGGCACUGGUCAUACUUCAUGGAGUGAUGAGUGUUUAUAGUCUGUCUUGGAUGCUCAGAUAUUCACUUAAGCAAUACUCUUUUGAAACUGUUCGAGAGGAAAGCAGCUACAGGGAUAUUCCAGAUAUAAAAANUGAUUUUGCCUUUAUUCUUCAUCUAGCUGAUCAAUAUGAUCCUCUUUACGCCAAGCGAUUUUCAGUCUUCCUCUCAGAGGUCAGUGAAAACAAAUUGAAACAAAUUAACCUUAAUUUGGAAUGGACACUAGAAAAGCUAAAGUAUAAACUGCAGAAAAACUCUCAUGACAAGACAGAGUUAUACCUAUUCAUGUUGAGCGGGCUUCCAGAUGCAGUCUUUGAACUUAAAGAACUUGAAGUAUUAAAACUAGAGCUCAUACCUGAAGCCAAAUUCCCUGCAGGAAUAUCUCAGCUUACUAGUCUUAAGGAAUUGUGCCUUUACCAUACACCCGCAACUGUGGAUACUCAAGCUCUAGAUUUCUUAUCUGAAAAUCUGAAAACCUUGCGUAUCAAGUUCACUGAAAUGGAUAAAACUCCACGUUGGAUAUUUAAUCUAAAGAACCUAUCAGAACUGUAUUUGACUGGUACUCUUAAAUUAGAGAAUAACCAGUUUUUGUUUCUCGAUGACAUUCAGAAUCUGAAGAAUUUGAAAACCCUUUACUUGAAAAAUAGUCUUCCUCAUAUUCCAGCAGUCGUUACUGGCAAAGGCCUGCAAAUACAGAAGCUGUCUAUUGAUAAUGAAGGCACCAAGCUAACCGUGUUCAAUACAUUGAAGAAUAUGCUGAAUCUCACGCACCUUGAGCUCCUCAACUGUGACCUAGAACGCAUUCCACAUUCUAUUUUUAGCCUGUUCAAUCUACGUGAAAUUGAUUUGAAAGGUAACAGUCUUAAAACCAUAGAAGAAAUUAUUAGCUUCCAGCAUCUGGAAUGGCUUUCUUGCCUUAAGCUUUGGCACAACGCUAUUGCAUAUAUCCCAGUACAAAUCGGAACUCUCGCAAAUCUGGAACAGUUGUACCUAAACAAUAACAGAAUUGAAACGAUACCGACACAACUUUUUUUAUGCAGGAAACUACGGCACUUGGACUUGAGUUACAAUCAUUUGACUUCUGUAGGUGAUGAGAUCAAGUAUCUGAAACACCUACAAUUCUUUGCCAUCACCAACAACAAUCUGGAGAUGCUACCAGAUGGAUUAUUUCAGUGCAAGAGUCUGCGUACAUUGCUUGUGGGAAACAACAGUCUCACAGUGUUAUCGUCUCGAGUGGGCGAACUCGUGAACCUUAUGCAGUUAGAGCUCACAGGAAACCAGCUUGAGUCACUUCCUGAGGAACUAGAGCACUGUAACCUUAAAACAGGUGGUCUCAUUGUAGAAGAUUCACUCUUAACAACGCUACCUCUCUCUGUAAGAGAACAUAUGCAAAUAUCUGAUAAGGAGCAAGCAUAA